AAUGGGACUUCCUUGCCAGGAAACCAAACUGUCACUACUCACUUCUUACUUUUGAGGUUUGCCUUCCAAGGAACAGUGCAGGUGCUAUUUUUCGCAUGAUUUCCAUCAUGUUCCUGGCCAUCUUGAUAGGGAACUCUCUAAUUGUUAUGAUCACAACCAUCAACCCUCUCCUACACGCGCCCAUGUACUACUUCCUAAAGAAUCUUGCCUUGACAGAGAUCUGCUACAGCUUGACCACUGUCCCCAAGAUGCUUGUGGUUCUGCUGGUGGAGAGAAAAAAUAAGUCCUUCACAGCUUGUGCCCUGCAGCUUAACUGUGUUAUUCUUUUUGUCAUGUGUUUCCUCUUAGGUGCAACAGCUUAUGACUGACAAGUGGCAAUAUGCCACCCGUUGCAUUAUGCCACCGUGAUGAACAGGGGUCGCUGCUUCAAGAUGGCUGUUGGGUCUUGGCUGCCUGGUGUUCCUGUGGCUCUGGGCUUCACCACAUGGUUAUUUACCCUGUCCUUCUGUGGGAGAAACACGGCCGAUCAUUUCUUUUGUGAUGUUUCUCCUGUGCUGAAGCUGGUGUGCACAGACACAGCCCUGCUGGAACUACUGAUUUUUAUUGCUAUUGUCUUAAUAGUGAUGAUUCCCUUUUCUCUGAUAGCCAUCUCUUACCUUCACAUCAUCCAUACUGUUCUUCAGAUACCCUCGGCUGCGGGCAAGAGGCGAGCCUUUUCCACCUGUGCAGCUCACCUGGUGGUAGUGACUCUUUUCUAUGGCACAGCUGGCAUCAUUCAUCUACGACCCAAGUCCAGCCUCUCAUUGAAUACGAAGAAAAUUGUUUCCCUGUCUUACACAGUAGUCACCCCCAUGAUCAGCCUCAUCAUCUACAGCCUGAGGAAUCAGGAUGUCAAGCAAAGCCUGAGGAGAUGCACUGAGAGGUGGUUACUCAGGAAGCAGAAGACUAUAUCUUCUCCACGCAGGUGA